AUGCCAUUACAAUCCGGGCGCACCCUCAGCUCCAGGUGGCUGUCCAGAGCCUUCUGUCUAGACCGAUGUACCACGACCUCGAAUUCGGCGGCUAAGCUUCCUCUUUACCUCUGUCCCGCCUUCCGACCAGUCGCAAACCUCAGCCUAAGCCCUCGUCGCUAUAACCACACCAUCCCCUCGGUCCAGUGCCGAAGACUGCACACCGAAGCAACCCAUGAAGCUCAUACCCCGACCGAGCCUCUUCAUGCCGAGAAAGAACCGACACGAACACUACCGAUCCAAUGUACAGGCUGCGGAGCUUUGUCCCAAACAACAAUACCAGAACAAGCAGGCUACUUUGACGUGUCGCGCAAAGCUGUGAAGGAAUACUUGGGCGUCAUCGAACCAGAGAAAAGAAAAGUCAUACGCAGUGCAGAUCAGGUCAUUGAAGAUGCGCUCAAGAACAUCAAUAUGGAAGAGCUGGAACGGAUGGGUGUUGACCUGAAGUCUUUGCUACCUAAAGACUACCAAGCAAACAAGAAGUCGCCGGAAUCCGAAGGUCCUCCUCAUCCUCCCCUCUGCGACCGCUGCCACGAGUUGGUCCAUCACCGCAAGGGGAACUCCAUCUUCCACCCCGGCGUCGACUCCCUGAGAGAGACCAUCGAAGAAUCUCCCUAUAAAUACAACCAUGUAUACCACGUCGUCGACGCUGCCGACUUCCCGAUGUCGCUGAUUUCCAAACUCGAACGGCUAGUGGGCACCCUACCAAUCCGGUCCAAAAACAGAAGAGCAAAGUCCGAGACAUGGCAUGCCGGUCGCCAAAUAAACCUCAGCUUUAUUAUCACCAGAUCGGACUUGCUUGCGCCAAAGAAGGAGCAGGUGGACAGGCUGAAGCCUUACCUUGUUGAGACACUGCGCAAAGCACUUGGCAGAAUCGGCAACAGGGUCAGACUUGGAAAUGUGAUGUGCGUCAGCGCACGCAGGAAUUGGUGGACGAAGGAACUCAAGGAAGAGAUCUUUGAGCAUGGCGGUGCCAACUGGAUGGUUGGGCGGGUAAACGUAGGCAAGAGCCGGCUCUUCCACGAUAUCUUCCCUCAAGGCCGCAUGAACUGGCAAGAUAACCAGAAGCUUCCUGUUCUCCCUGCCUUCCGCAACAACAACGUCACAUACGGCAAGCUCGAUGAGGGCGACGAUGCCCUUCUCCCGCCCGCUCAGCCAGAAAUGAACUACCCAGCCAUGCCCAUCGUCUCCGACCUACCAGGCACCACCGCCUCUCCGGUCCGCGUUCCCUUCGGCAACAAAAAGGGCGAGCUGAUCGAUCUACCCGGCCUCUCUCGUGGUGACCUGGAACUUUACGUCAAGCCCGAGAAGCGCGCCGACCUCGUUAUGAAGAUGCGCGUCGUGCCUGAGCAGGCCGUUCUCAAACCCGGCCAGUCCCUGCUCGUCGGCGGUUUCAUCCGCAUCACGCCCAAGACCCCCGACCUCACCUUUCUCGCCUACUCAUUUACGCCCAUUGAGGCGCACGUCACGGGGACCGACAAGGCCAUUUUGGUGCAGGAAAUGAAGGAGGGCGCGCCCCACGUGGAGAACAUUGCGCUCCCCGAGACGGCGGAGAAGAUCAAGCAUGCCGGCUCAUUUGCGCUCAAGUACGAUGUGACGAGGCAGCGCAGCGGGCCGUUGACGAGGAAAAACGCCUGCGGGUUCAAGGUCGAUGUUCUCCCGUUCCGUGUGCUGUCGAUUGAUAUCCUAAUCGAGGGUGUCGGAUGGGUAGAGGUUGUGGCGCAGGUCAGGGCCAAGAAUUUGGAAUACAAUCCCAUGAAAGAUGAGCAGCCUGAGAAGGAGGAAGAGCAGGAGGACGAGAUAACCCCCGAAACUGAAAAGGAAGAAUACUGGACCGAUCCUCUCCCGUCCAAAACCAAAAAGUCCGUCGCCUUCCAAGACCCCUUCCGACUCGACACCCUCGAUCUUUCCGAUCCCAACGACGAGCCCAAGCCCAAGCCUAAACCGGUUCCUAAGCUAGUGGAAGAAGAAGACCCAUUGGCCCCGCCCCGCAUCAAGGACGCAGAAGUUGUAGAAGAGAUGGAAGAGACGGAGGAAGAAUCCAACAAGAGGAAAAAGAAGGAGGAAGAAGAAGCAGAGGAGGAAGUCCAGCUCAACUGGCCCAUUAUAGAGGUCUACAGCCCCGAAGGCAAGUUCAUCGGAUCCAGACCGCCCAUGGGCGCGUGGUUGUUGAAUCAACCUAAGACGGACAACAGGAAGAGGCCGAGGAGGUCUAUGAAGGGUGUGAAGAAGGAGAAGAAGAGGAUGGCUAGGGAGAAGGCUGCUACUGGUGGUGGCGGGCAGUAA